AUGAAACGGAAGUGCGAUGGACUAGAACAAGCUCAUCACAAGUUCGAAAAGGUAUCACUAUUGUGUAUGCUGGUGGAUGAAUAUUGUAAGGAAAUCAAGCUAACAGAGGUAAGAAGGCUUGAAAUGGAGGUUUUCGCUCAGUCGGUCAAAAAUGCCAUUUAUGCAGCAAAAGAAAGUGGAGUUGUUGACAAGAUGAAAGACCCGCAGCAAAUUUAUGCGAACAAUAUUCAUUUUCCAUUGUCAUUACCUUUUGGACUUGAUUAUCGAACGGUCUUGUCGUCUCACAAGUAUUGUUGGGUAGAACCAGUCAAGAUCGAUAUCCUAGGUUGCUGGCAUGCUGGUUAUCAAACAAAAGAUGAUUCAUUUUUGGACGUCAUCGUAAUCAUUCCCAAGAAUUACUUUAAUUCUCGUGAUUACCUGAAUUUCGCAUAUUUCGUGAAGCGUGCUCAUUACAUUUGUAUGGUCGCUCUAAUUUUGGUAGAUGCAGGUUUUUCGGUAAAAUUCGGCCUGGAUCAUGAUGAUAAAUUAAAGCCACUUUUGUUCGUUUCCAGUAAAAAUGGGUACAAUGAUGCAGAAGUUGUGCGAAUUCAUUUUGCACCUCCACGUAAUUUCGCUAAACUCUCUCGAUUCCGUCCAGAAAAUAAUAAUUUAAGACCGCUUUUUUGCUCACCUCAUUUUACAAGUCUUGGUAUCGGUAUUCCAACACCGGUUUAUAAUUCCAAAAUAGCCAUAGAAAUGUUACGUCAGGAAAUUGAAUGUAUAAUUGAAGCUUUUUUUCGGGAGAAUCAGAAUUUUGUGAAAGCUUUUAUUAUGAUCCGGUCAUGGAUGUUUCGAAGAAAUUUUAUUCAGCGAAUUGAUGGUUUUACGGAUUUGUUGCUAGCGGCAUGGUUCAUUUUUAUCCACAAUAAGGGGAAUUUCUUCGCUCAAACUUCUGUUUUUGACAUUAUCGUGACGUUUUUUUCUUCUCUCGUUGCUACAAAUUGGAAAGAGGCUCAUUUGGGCCUUUGUAAUAAUGAUGCAUUACAUGCACAAUUUUCUGCCCAUUUCGAUUUUGUUUUUCUCGACCACACAGGAUAUAUUAAUUUGGCUGCAUCCGUGAGCAUUGUUGCUUGGGAACAAAUUCAAGCUGCUGCGGCAGAUGUUAUUACGAAAAUAAAUACUUUCAGCGAAUUUGAUCACAUUUUUGUGGAAAAUAGCCCCUUUUUUCCGAGUUUUGAUCAGUAUAUCAGGAUAAGUCUAACGCAGUCAAACUUGCAAAAUAUCUUUCAUAAAAUGUAUAGUGCAGAGUGUGUUAGUACCUGCAAUGAUUUGUCACUAAUUUUGAGACGCAAAUUGACUCCAAUGUUGAAAGAGGGUUUAUCAGGCAGAAUUUCAGAUUUCGAUUUCGAUUUUUAUGUAGAUCACGAGUCAGUGUGGGACGUUUUUGAACAACAAAAGCAUACUUCUGAUAGACUAAGUCUGCUAAUUGGAUUUCGUCUUUCCUCAAAAUGGGAUAACCUACUCACUCGUGGUCCUCCCGCAAAAUCACCAGAAGCGGUUCAUUUCCGUGAAUUUUGGGGUGAAGUCUGUGAACUACGUAGAUUUCCAGAUAAUUCUAUUUGCGAAGCAGUUGUUUGGAAUGCUCCUAAUGUGAUUGUUCAAGAACGAACACUUGAUAUAAAUAUGAUGUUACCUCAUGCAGUUGAGAGCUAUAAUAUAAUUGGAAGGGCAUAUGAUAAAUUAUCUCAGAUGCUUCGAAUGGUUCAAGAUUUACCCUUGUGUAUUACGAAUAUUCAUCCUAUAUCACAUUACUUGAGGCGAACUGCGCCUUUCGCACCGUUACCUACAAAUGUUGUGAUUGAUAAGCAGAUGUCCACCAUUAAAAAUUCGAUAUCAUUUCCAUUGCCAGGGAUGUCACCGCCGUACGUACCAACCGUAAAAGUUCAAGUAACAAUGGAACAGAGUGGGAAAUGGGGCGAUGAUUUGGGAGCUAUCGGUCGACUGAAGACUGCAUUUUAUAUAGAACUGUCGAAAAUACUGAAUGAAAAACAUUCAGUACAAGCUGUUCCUUUUGAUGAUUGUUUGAUUAUUCAUUUUGAUGCAGUGGUAUUCCAUUUAGUAAUAGCUUAUCCAAAAGAAGUACAAAUUAUGAGAAGACUAAAUGGUGGGAAAACUGGUAUUCCUAAAGAUAGUUCAGAAUCGAAGUUGAAGGAACUCGAAGUUAUAUUGGAGCCGCAACUUACUGCGUUUCUACACAGUGUUAGUCAACAAUUUAAUGCAUUCUCAGACACCUGUCGUCUAGCGAAAUAUUGGUUAUCAUCGCACGCACUCUCCGAUUACCUAAACGGAAUGAUUGUGGAAACUCUUGUUGCUUCAGUAUUCUUGAAACCGUACUCAUUACAGUCACCAAAGACGGCAUUUAUUGCAUUUCAUCAUUUCCUUAUGCUACUUUACAAACAUAAUUGGCUCAUGAAACCAUUACUUGUUGAUUUCAGCAACGAGUGGACAGAGAUCGAUGAAGAUGAGAUGGAAAAGGAUUUCAUCAAGUUGAGACCAGUGCUGCCGGCUAUGGUAGUAUGUACGCCAGUUGAUAAGAGCGGUUGCCGAUGGACGAGUGAUCAACCACAACCACUAAUUCUAAAACGAAUUAUCGCUCUUGCUAAAUCAGCAUCAGUUUUCAUCAAGCAACACGUCAUGAGUCCUGUACCCUGGGAUUUAAAAGGUAUAUUCACUACUGACGUUUCAACAUUGUACGACGUUAUUAUUAAUAUCAAAAAGCAGCAUAUGGUAAGACGAAGAGUAUUUCGUGGUAAGGGGAUGGAGGGGGUAUUGCCAGUUAUUGAUUAUGAUCCAGUCAAAAAAUAUGUGGAGCAGUUGCGACAGAACUUUUCUUCUGUUGCCUUGUUUUUUUAUGACAAAUAUAUUGGUGAUAUGAUUGGUGUUGUAUGGAAACCGUCCUUUAUGGUUCCAUCAGACGUCAGGGCUUCGAGUUACUGGUGUAGAUCUGAAGGAUUUAAUGGUAUCUCGCACAUCAAUAAAACGGCUAUUUUAGAAGAUUUAUUAAUACUUGGUCAUGAUCUCGUUAAAGAUGUAAUCCAACGUCCUGCCAUUAAGAAUGAAAGAAUGAGUGUAGGGAUGAACUGUAAUCAUAAGAUUAUGGAUGAUAUAGAGAAUUUGGAGUAUCUGCUUGCUGGAAGCUCUGUAAGUUUUGGACCAAAUAAUACAGCACGAGAGCAUCCUAGGUUUUCUCAGUAUAAAUAUGCGGGGCGAGCUGAAGCAAGUCAGGCCAAACGACGAGAAGAAUUUCUUAAACGUCAGAAAGAGACUCGUUAUCAUUAUAUGUGCUGGGCAAGAUUAUUGGCGACAAGUCAGCCUCAUGAAGAAGAAAGUACAAAUGAAAGUGCGGAAAAUGUUGAAAAAGCAAAUGAUGGUAAACGUCGAGGAAGAGCUUAUCAUCGGUUCGCGGGUGAGCUUAUGCUCAGCGAAUGGUUAGUCGAUAUUCCGGAAACUUUAUGUGAGGAUUGGAUCUGUAUACCAUGUCCACUUGGCAAGCGAUGUCUUGUAGUUGCUUCGAACGGAGUAACUAGUGCUUAUUCUAAAUCUGGUCACCUCAUUACACAAUUUGCUUCAUAUUUGCCUGCUGGAAGUUCUUCAAGUUAUGGUACCUACGCUGUUCUGGAUUGUAUUUUUGAUCAAAAAUCGUUCACAUUCUAUUGUCUUGACCUGAUUGCAUGGAAUGGGCAAACAUUUGUUGAUUCGGAAUUCGAUUGUCGAUUAUUCGUACUAAAUUCUCGUAUUACGGAGAAUGAGAAUUUCAAAGAAGUCUCGAAGCAAAUACCAUACCGCUUCUUAUGUCUUCCAUAUUGUCGAUGUGAAUACAGUAAUAUGAAGGAAAUGAUGCACCGAGAUUUUGGGUUUGAACUUGAUGGUGUUCUUUUUUAUCAUGCGAGCGUGUAUUAUAGAAAGGGCCAAAACCCUCUCGUUGGGUGGCUGAAACCAUGGAUGAUGCCAGAAAUAUUAUCAGUUCCAGUACCGUCGAGAUUGAUGAAUGGUGAAGAAACAAUUCCAGGUCGAUCACAAGAAUUUAUCGAAGAUUUUAACCAAAAACAUAAACAUGUUAGCAUGAUAGGCAAGGCUACUAUUGACAAUGAUUCGAUUGAAGAGCAUUUCGUGAAUGGAUGA